GACCUGACGUUGUUAUCACAAAUCACAUCAGUGUUUCAGUGUUUGGUCGUGAGAGUCGUGACAAAGGAUAAUAAUUUAUAUAUCGUGAUAAUUCAGGUUUCUUUAACACACUAUAAUUGCCUGACAGUAAAGAAUGAACUGUUCUAUGUAAAUGUAUUACAAUUAAAAAACGUCUCAUUAUUUGAAACUAAUAAAAAAUCCAUAGUUAAUGAUAAACUAUACGAUAAAUGAUAAUGAUAAACGUAUGGAUAAAAACUACAAACGAUUUAAUUUCAAAGUUCUUCCUUGAAAGAUAACGAUAUUAUGCAUAGGGUUGGUAAUUAAAUUAAUCUGCUAGAUACCAGUGUGAGAGCCUACCGUGUGCUAGAUAAAAUUAAGGAACAAUACUCGCAGGAAAUAUGAAGAACGAAUUCGUAACACUUAACCAUAUACAAACCCAUGUAAUAACGUAUGGUGAUCCUUUCAAUUGCAAUGGAAAAGAUGUAAUUGUCUGUAUUACUGGAAACCCAGGUAUACCCGAUUUUUAUAUAGAAUUUGCUGAUGAAUUACAUAAAUCCACUGGGCUGCCCUUGUGCAUCAUUGGACAUGCUGGUCAUGAUGUGGUUCCAGAUGAAGCAUCCUCUAUUUUAAAAGGUCAAGAGCAUCUGUUUGACCUUGAUGGUCAAAUAAAACAUAAGCUUCAAUUAAUCGAUAGUUAUGUAGAUAAGCAAAGCAAAUUACACUUAAUUGGCCAUUCAAUUGGAAGCUGGUUGAUUUUAGAAUUGCUAAAAGAUAAUGAAAAUUUAACCAUGAGACUAAAGUCUGUUAAUCUUUUAUUCCCAACAUUGCAGAAAAUGGCUGAAACCCGAAAUGGAAAGUUUUUAAAUGGCUUUCUUAGAAACCUCCAUAAUUUUGUAUUACUUUUGUUUGUCUUGGUACAUUUACUACCUAGUGUUAUUGUAAAAUUUUUAAUAGCCAUCUACUUAAAAGUGUAUGCAUUGCCUUCACACUAUUCAGAAUAUAUUUUAAAGUUUUUAAAUCCAAAUGUUGGGGAAAAGGUAUUAUUUUUAGCUUAUAAUGAAAUGGACAGAGUAAAAAGUUUAAAUGUUGAAGCAAUUAACAAAAUAAAGCAUUUAACCAAUGUCAUUUAUAGUAAAACAGAUAAUUGGGCUCCUAUCUCAUAUAUGGAAGACCUAUACAAAUAUCAACCAGAACUAACAAUGAAACAAGUAGACAUUGACCAUGCAUUUGUUUUGAAAUCAUCAGAAACAACUGCAGAAAUGGUGAUGCAAUUUAUAAAGACAAAAUUAUAAUUACUGUUUUACAGUUAGACCAAUCAACUCGAGUAAAUUCAAAUACCAAAAAUAACUUAUCACACCCUUUCCAAAUAUGUUUAAUAGAUAAUAAUUGUAUAUGCAGCAGUUAUACUGCUUGCCAGUGCUUGCAUGUAAUAUGAAUGUAUUUGUUUAGCCUUCUAUUUUUAAGAUUAUGGGAGGAAGUUAUUUCCAAUUUCUUUGAAAAUAAGUGAGUUUAAAAGUAGAUAUCUAUGUCAGUUCUAAAUACAAACAGUAAUCCUAUUUCAGAUGGGACAAUAUUGACAUGUAAAAUAGCUUCUAGGUAUUAUGUAGAACCUUUUACUAAAUUGAUGACUUAUUUAUUUUUAUUUAUUUAUUUAUUUGUUCAUGUACACACAGUACUUAUUCUGCAAUUUGCUCCAACAUGCAGAUGCAUGUACAAAUUAAAACAGUUUGCCUUUAUCAUGACAUGACAUAUUAUUAUUCAAAUAAUUAUACAUAAUUUUAACCUGCAAUUGUUGGCUCCUAUAAAAUAUUCUGUAGUUUUAAGUUAUAAGUGGUGAUGAAAUCUUGUUAAGGUUAUUUUUUUUUUUAAAUAUUCAACUUUGAAUGUUAAUUUAUAUUUCUCACUAGCUAAUCAUUCCAGUAACAAUGGCUAGCUACAAAUUAUGUAGAUAUUAUGGUAUAAAAAAAUGUGAAGAAUGGAAUAAAUAAAUAAUUUAAAUCAUA